GAUAUGAGGGAAUUGUUAAAUUGGGCAGAAAAAGACCACCCUUCGGGGGUGAAGUGGUCUCGUCCGUCCGUGACGUCAUCCGCACCACGUGACUGCCACCGAGACGGCAAAUGGUGCGACGCCGUGCCACGUCCAUUUUGGUGAUAGAGGACAGGUGCAGCUAUUAAGUAUGGUGUUGUUAACAGGAAGUGGAGAUCUGACUUUGGAAGAACUCCGGACAAUGGCUGCUCGGCAACAACAACAAAUAGAAGCACAACAACAGCUUCUAAUGGCAAGGGAACAACGACUGAAAUUCCUGAAACAACAAGAGGCUCGUCAUCAUCAAGGACCACAGAGUAACGACACCGAACGAUUAAGGCAUUUGAGAGAAAAGGUCGAAGCUCAAGAACUAAAACUUCGUCGGUUAAGAGCAUUAAGAGGACAAGUCGGCCAACAACGAGCGAAUAAUAGCAACUUGACCGCAGAAUUGGAUUCUGUUCGAGCAUUAUUUAAUGAAAAGGAAAAAGAAUUGUCAGUGGCUGUAGCCAAAGUAGAAGAGCUCACCAAACAAUUAGAAGAACUGAGACAGGGCAAUUUAGCUGGAAGAAAAAUUACCAACGGAACAACAACGACUGCUAUGGAAUUGAAAAAAUUACGCCAAGAAUUGGUAUAUCGCGCAAAUUUGACAGAACAACAGAACGCUAGAAUAGCGCAACAAAGAGAGACGUUAUCUCAGAGGCAGGAAGAAAUCACUCUCAUGGAUCAGAGAAUUCGAGAAUUGCAACAACGACUUCAUCGAAAACGCGUACAUAAUCAACAAUUGGCUAAUCAUAUCCAAGCGGUGACUCUUGCCAAACAAUCAAAUUCUAGAGUUCGAAACUUGACGUCAAAUGUGGCAGCAGUAGAGCCAGUCAAGCGUGUGGUGCAAGAACCCGAUAGAAGUCACGAUGACAUUAUUACUAAAGUUCAUUCGACGGAGGGCGAUUUUGCUCCAAACAAAAAAGAUCCCAAAUAUCAAACACUUCCUUACAACACCAAAUUUCCGGUAAGGAAGGAAGUAAAUUCUGGCAGGCCAGAAGAACCACAACCCAUUGUGCAAAACGGUAUCCCUGCGGGACAGAAUAAGGGCCCAGUAGCAUCUGUAAAACCCACACCACCUCAGGGACUUAGUAAUUUGGCGCCUCGUCCAUACGGCACCACUUACAAUUCUUCGUUGUUAGUAUCCCAUCUUCCCAGCUCUCGAAAUCAAAAUCUUCCCAAUAAAAGUAACGCAAUCACGACGGUGCCGACACAAGUAACCAAAGAGCAGUGGAUCAAACCGGCUGCAAACUCCAUCGCUCCAUCGUCGGUUCGAAAAGGAUUUUCGGGAGGGCCACCGGUGACAUCCUUCCACCGACAGCCACCCCCUAGACCGAGGCAGCCGUCGGAAUCUCCUAGUCAUUCGACCAGCGAACAAGGAGAAGCCAAACCCUUGCCCAGCAAGUCUCCCAGCAAGCCUUUACCUCCUCCUCGACUCAUUCAUUGUCAGAAUCCCAAUGCCAGCGAUUCUUAUCGAUAUGGUAAUCGACCACAUACAAAUUUUCCUCAUCCACACUCAGAUAACAAGUCUCAAUUCAAGACAUCCCCCGAAGCGGAUAGGACAGAAAACUCUGCCUCGGAUCAAAAUGCCAAUCUGAUCGAUCCGUCAUUACGAAUCAAGAGCGGUAGCAAUUCAUCACAGAACAGUUCCAACGUGCACAGCAUUCACAUCACACUCAAUCGUCGCAUCGAAAUGCCUCCAGCAUUCCUUUUUCCAGAGGGUCAGACGCCACCCGCAGACUUAAAUCCCGCAUCUUCGCAAGAAAACGAAAGUCACGCUUCCGGCAAGACAAAGAGACGCGAAGAUAGUCUCAAAUCGGGCGAUCCCGAAAGAUCGGAACCCCAAGAGAUCAGAACGGAUGGCGACGGCGGAACCAACGAAAAAAUCGAUCAAUCUAUAGAAAAAAGUCCGGAAGAUGCGCAACAACAGCCGAGCGUCAGAGAAAGUCACGUGGGACCAGCCAUUCGGAGAGCUAAAAAAGGAAAUCUGAAAACCAAAGGGUCUGCAAAAAAUAUUAGGCGGGUGAGUUUCGACCCUCUCGCCCUUCUUCUCGAUGCAGCUUUAGAAGGAGAAGUGGAGCUUGUCAGAAAAACCACAGCAGAGGUAACGAAUCCGAGCGCCGCAAAUGACGAAGGAAUAACCGCCCUACACAACGCCAUCUGUGCCGGUCACUUCGAAAUCGUCAGGUAUCUGGUGGAAUAUGGAUGCGACGUCAACGCCCAGGAUAGCGAUGGAUGGACUCCAUUACACUGCGCGGCGUCCUGUAAUAAUCUUCCCAUGGUGAAGUACUUGGUAGAACAUGGUGCUUGUAUAUUCGCCACCACGCUCAGCGAUCAUGAAACUGCAGCGGAAAAAUGCGAGGAGGACGAAGAAGGAUUCGAUGGAUGCUCCGAAUAUUUGUACAGUGUUCAAGAGAAAUUGGGUAUUCUGAAUGCCGGAGUCGUCUACGCCGUUUACGAUUACGACAGCCAGAAUCCGGACGAAUUAAGCUUUCACGAGGGGGAUAAAAUGGUGGUUUUGAGGAAGGGAGACGAAAUGGAGAGAGAAUGGUGGUGGACCAAACUCAAAGACAGGGAAGGUUACGUUCCUAGAAAUUUGUUGGGGCUUUAUCCUCGAAUCAGCUCGAGGAAGGACUCCUAAAAUAGUGAGAAUCGUUCCGCAUCUCGUCGCCUCUCGACACUAACGAGAAUCGAUGCAGCUAGACGAAUCGACUAAAACGUCGUCGACAAAGCAGAUCCCAUCGCUGUGAUGUGCGUGAUUAUUUUUGAAUCGAUCUGUUGUACAAAUAAAUGACGUUUAUGUACAUACGGGAUUUAAGAAAAAUAACGAAAGCGGAUUGAUUAUUUUUGUAUGUGCUGAUAGAUGGCAGCACUGUACAGUACAAGUACCGUCCAAUCAGGUUAAACAAUUUUACAAAACAUAUCCGAGGAUACUGCGCACACCUGAUGAACGCGUUGUCCGAUGCGAGCCAUGGAAAUGUAUACUUACCUUGUUGAUCGUUUAUAUAUAUAUAUAAUAUAUACAUAUAUAUUA